CAACUACUUCCCCUAAUAACCGACAAACCGUUUCCUCCUCUCCUUAAUCCUCACACGAGUCACAAAAAAGCAGACAGAGAGAAGAAGAAGAGGAAGAUAAACAACCAUACCGGAAUUCCGUCACCGUCGAAAGAUUUCGGUAUUUCAAAUGGUUCAGUUGUUCUUAAGAGAAGAAGCUAAGAGGAAAGAAGACGUGCGUGAGGAAGAUAGUGAAAGUGCAAAGCGAAUGAUAUGGCUUUUGAAGGAACUAGAAUCAGUUAUUUGGUCACUGAUUACUCGAUCAGAAGCACGUUUAUGGCUUUACAACACUAUAUCAUGCAUCACCUCCCUUACUCCUUACCAAAAAAGAGAGCUUUUUGUGAGCUUAUUGAGGACGACGAGCAAGAAAGGUUUAGCUUCCCAGCUCUGGCAAUUGAUUUUUCAGAAGAGACCGCACGAAGCAGGAACACUUUUGGCCGAGAGAAGUUAUGUGCUUGAGAAAUUCUUUCAAGGAAAUCAAACCCGUAUAUUGCAAUGGUUUUCCAACUUCUCUAGUACUGGAUUAAGGCAUAAAAAAGGUGCCAAAGCGCUUUCCCAAUUCGCGUUUGUGCAUCGAAAUAUAUGUUGGGAGGAACUUGAGUGGAAGGGUAAACAUGGGCAAUCCCCUGCUGUGGUUGCAACCAAGCCACAUUACUUUCUCGAGCUGGAUAUCCUACGAACGGUGGAAAAUUUUCUUGAAAAUGUGCCUGACUUUUGGACUUCUAGAGAGUUUGCCGACUCGUUAAGAGAUGGUGAUAUUUUUUUCGUCGAGACGAAAUUCUUCGUAGAUUUUUUUGUGGGGUUGAUGUAUGAAGAGGAUUCAAGAGAUGUAUGGGAAGUCAUUAAUGAGUUUCUUAUGGAGGAGUCCUUCUCUGUUUUGUGUCAGCAUCUACUUAUCACGCUUGAAGAGCAGGAGUUCUGUGCUUUUCUUGAAUCGCUUUGUAAAUAUUUGAAUCGGAGAAUGGAACCGAAUGAUUUUGGGGACUCUUCUUGCCUGCUUGAGUUUGUGCUCUCUAAAUUCAGUGGUUAUGAAUCUAUUGAUCAGUUGCUUCUGUUGAAUGCGGUUAUUUAUCGAGGACGUCAACUUCUAAAGCUUUUGCAUGAUGAAGAAUCCCGGGAGGAACAGGCAAAAAUUCAUGAUAUUGUGUCUCAUAUCUGCUCAAUUUCAAGCAGUACUAACAGCUUUGUCCCUAUACUGAAUGAGUGCCUAAAGAUGAAAACCACAGGAGGAAUCAAGAUCUUGGGGCUGCAGUCAUGGGCCUUUCAUUAUGCAUUAUCAGAGAAAUGCCAGAGUCCAGAGGCCUGGGAAUCUUUAUUUUCAAAUAAUGGUAUAAGUUUCCGCAAAUCUGAUAGAUUCGAGCUACUGCGUGGUGAUGAAUUGUUGGAAGAAAAUGACUCUGAAAUGGAUGAUAGAGCAUCAACUAAAAGAAAGAGCAGGAAGAAAAAGAAAAGUAAAAAGAAAAGGAAAAGGAGCUCCGAUGAUGACGACAGCUAUGACCAUGGUCUGCUGGAUUCAGACACAUCAAAUAGUAAACUAGGUUUGCAAGCUAGGGAUGGGAGUUGGUUGCUCUCAACAGAUGGGUUUUCUGCAUCAUGGACUAACGCAGAUCUCCCGGAGCACCUCUCAAAGUUUUGCUUUUCCACGUGGAUGAAGUGGGCAUUUGCUAAGUGGAGGAACGUGGCUUAAUUUUGUGCGGCUUAGCUAUUAGCUAUUUCUCCUAGGGUAUUGUGUAGAGGUGCUGGGGAAGGAGGGGAGAUGUCUCCUUUCUUUAGGUUUCAUCUCUUUGAUAGCUGAUGAUUCACAUUCUUUCCAGGAGGUCAAGAAUUGACUCGGAGCAAAUCCAGAUGAAUGUCAAGCAUUUCUGCUUUUGAUGAAUAAACUAGGAGAUAUCAUGACUGCAUUUGGGCAUCUCAUUAGGCGUGGACUUGCUGCCAGACUAAGCUAUAAGUUUAAAAGUUUGCUAGAGAAACAUUCAUCUGCCAUCAGUAAUGCUGCAAGGUUUGAGCCUGAAGCUUUCUUGGCUAUUUUAAGCCCUUUAUUCGAAUGAAAAAUCAUUAUUCAAAGGUACACUUUUGAUAUUUUAAUUGCGCUGCCUUUUCUAGUACCCGAGCUUCAAGGUAUAGGACUUGAAAGUUGAAACUGAUCGAUGCAAUAUGGAUGAAUACUGAUUGUCGCCACUUGCAGGACUUGCUGAUCUGAGUUGCUGUGAUCAUGUCUUGGAGAAGAGAGUCUUCCCCUUUGAUACCCAUUUCGGGUUCUCCAAAGUUUUAUCAAAACCCAACCUUCUGUCAUGCAACAGAAUUGCAUCUCUUCCGACUACAUGCUUUCUAGGGUAACAUCACCCCAUUAUACCAGCAGCAUUCAAUUUCUUAGCUCGAUUGGGCUAAUCGUGGCCUGGUCCAAUCUCCAUCACGUGUAUAAGAUCAGUUUUUGGAAGCAAGACAAGACAGUAACUUUUUAAUUUUAUUUUUAAUUAUUAUUAACAUGAGCUUACAGGAGUUUCUCUUGCAUUUCCUUCCAAAUUGACAUGCAUGCAGUGGUCAAUCUAGAUGAACCAUGGCUCGGAAAUUGGGAUUGCAGGACUGAAACUUCGACUGCUGAUUAAUUCGCCAAAAAAUAACCCAAUUAUAACUAAUUACUUAUUUCUUCUCGUCUGUAAGAUGUUUAUUAUCGCACUAUAUAACCAUUGCUGUAAACUUAAAAG